GAGAAAGUGAGCGGAUUGGUGGAAAGUUUGGCGGACUUUAUCCUCCGUCCAGAGGAAGCUUUAUGUUGAAGCGCGCGGCUCUGAUCUCAGCUCAGUUUUAUUGCUGACAGCGGCGGGCGUCUGCUCUCUACGGAUCUACACUUUGUGUGACCAAAGAAUCAUCAGCCAUGUCUUUAACAAACGGCCACAGCGUGAGCAAAGAAACAUGGGAGUCACACAACAAGAUGAUGCUGGAGCCCCUGGUCAUCAACGACUCUGAGGUGUUCUCCAUCAUUAAAAAGGAGAAGCACAGGCAGAUAUACGGUCUGGAGCUGAUUGCAUCCGAGAACUUUGCCAGCAGAGCUGUUCUCGAGGCUCUGGGUUCCUGUAUGAACAACAAGUACUCUGAGGGGUAUCCCGGACAGAGGUACUAUGGUGGUACAGAGCAUGUUGAUGAGCUAGAGAGACUCUGUCAGAAGAGGGCACUGGAGGCCUACGGUCUGGACUCCGAGAAAUGGGGUGUCAACGUGCAGCCAUACUCAGGUUCUCCUGCUAACUUUGCUGUCUACACGGCUGUUGUGGAGCCCCAUGGCAGGAUCAUGGGACUGGACCUUCCUGAUGGAGGUCACUUGACACACGGUUUCAUGACUGACAAGAAGAAAAUCUCAGCAACGUCCAUCUUCUUUGAGUCCAUGCCAUAUAAGGUGAAUCCAGAGACUGGCUACAUUGACUAUGACAGACUGCAAGAAAACGCACGGCUGUUCCACCCCAAACUCAUCAUUGCAGGAACGAGCUGCUAUUCGCGCAACCUUGACUAUUCCCGCCUGAAGCAGAUCGCUAAUGAGAACGGUGCAUAUCUGAUGGGAGACAUGGCUCACAUCAGUGGUUUGGUGGCUGCUGGUGUGGUGCCCUCACCCUUUGAGCACUGUGACAUUGUUUCCACAACGACACACAAGACGCUGCGUGGCUGCCGCGCUGGACUUAUCUUCUACAGGAAAGGUGUGCGCAGUGUGGAUGCCAAGGGGAAGGAGACACUGUACAACUUGGAGUCUUUGAUAAAUCAGGCCGUGUUCCCUGGGCUGCAGGGAGGACCACACAACCACGCUAUUGCAGGUGUUGCUGUAGCUCUCAGACAAGCCAUGACACCGGAGUUCAAGGCCUACCAGAUGCAGGUUCUUGCUAACUGCAAAUCUCUGUCCAGUUCCCUUAUUGACCACGGCUACAAGAUCGUCACUGGCGGCUCUGACAACCAUCUGAUCCUGUUGGACCUGCGCAGCAAAGGAACUGAUGGAGGCAGAGCAGAGAAGGUUCUGGAAGCCUGUGCCAUUGCUUGUAAUAAGAACACCUGUCCAGGGGAUAAGAGUGCUUUGCGCCCCAGUGGUCUUAGGUUUGGCUCUCCAGCUCUGACCUCCAGAGGCUUGGUGCAGGAUGACUUCAGGAAGGUCGCUGAGUUCAUUCACAGAGGUAUUGAGCUGACCUUGGAGGUGCAGAGAAGCCUGGAUCCCAAGGCCACUCUGAAAGAGUUCACUCAGGCUCUGUCCCAGGGAGAGAAGUUCCAGCAGCGGGUAGCAGAGAUCAGGGCCGAAGUGGAGGCGUUCGCUGGUCAGUUCCCCAUGCCUGGACUACCUGAGCUGUAGAGGGCAGCAGCUGAGACACUGAAGGCGCUUGGACUGAAGAUUACUGAACAUUAGUAUGCCAACUGUGAUGAUGUGUUGUUUUGUGUGUCUAUCUGUGAAAUUUGUCAAAUCAAUCCCCAAGUCAAGACACUUCCUUACUGACUUCACGCUGUCAUGGAUACACACAUUAUACCAUGGCCUGGAACAAACUUGUCUUAAUUAUUGAGUAUUGUUACAAUGUCUUUGCUGAUUUAAAUGUUUUUUUUUCACCUAAGCUUCAGUCUUGGAAGUUAAGCUUUAAUCUCCAUUUCCUUUGUGUUACAUUUAAAACUCCAAAGUUUUCUAGCAGACAGCACUGCGUGUUCAAGCACAAAGCAUGACUACUAGUUUCAUACAUGAGCAUUCAAUCUCAUUUACAAUAAAAUCAGCUAAAUAAUAAGACCACGGUUAUAUUUAAUUAAAGUAACCAUAAUUAAUGAAACUGCAGUGUCUGUGCGUAAUCCUUCAGUUUGCCUGCAGAUGCUGCAGUGGGUAAAAUCAUCUGUGCAUGGUGGUAUAUGAAAAUAUUGUAAUGAAUUAACAGUAAUUAAUUUGUUAGCUUGAGCAAAUUACCCUUUGUUUCCUUUUGAAACUGAGAUAUCAAGUUAUCUCAAGAAAACAAACUGAAUAAUUCUAAACUUAUUUAAAAAAAAGGAAAUUAUAUGUAUAGUUUCCAUCCACUAUUAAAGCUAAUUAAAGAGUU